AUGCUGCGCAGCGGCGCCUGGGCUCUCGCCCACGCCCUCCGCCGGUCCCGCGCCGCCGGCGGGCCCCUGCGGGCCUUCACGGCGUCCGGGCCGGCGCGCGAGGACGAGGCCGCAAAAAAGGUGGACAAGGAUGCCUUCCUGGAGUCCUUCGUGAAGCUGGCGCCCUCCACCAUGAACCCCCCGCACUUCUCCAUAGACUGGCAGAAGGAGAAGGGGGAGAAGGAGGCGGAGGCCCCGGCGGCCGGCGUCCCCACCAAGCUGAAGCUCAACUUCUACAUGCCCAACGGCGUGCUCUGCAAGGGGGAGGAGGUAGAUUUGGCACUGAUCCCUGCCGUUACCGGAGAUUUUGGAGUCAUGCCAGGGCACGUGCCCACAGUUGCGCAGCUUCGGCCUGGCAUCGUGGCGGUCCACAAGGAAAUGGACAAGGAUGUGAAGAAGUACUUCGUCAGCAGCGGCUUUGCCUUUGUCCAUGCCGACUCCACAGCGGAUGUGUGUGCGGUUGAGGCAGUUCAGGUUGAGGACCUUGACCCAGAGGCCGUGAAGGCUGGCCUUGCGGAGUACACAGCAAAGUUGGGCGCUUUGCAGGGAAAGGGGGACGACUAUGAGAUCGCUGCUGCUCAGAUCGGACUUGAGGUGUACUCGGCGAUGAAUGCUGCAAUCCCUUCGUAG